AUGACUCACAAAUCAGUUGUUCAAACUCUGCCAGCGAGAGCCUUGGCGGCUUUUGUAUUGACCUCUCUCUCUCUCUUAGUUGUUCAUUAUAUGAAUUCCAUUUUUUUAUUAUCCGGGUCGUGUUGGAUACUUCAAUUGGUCCUUCAAUAACAAAACCCAUCACCAUCUCAGAUCUAUCGAGGAGUGUGGGUUCUGGAAGGCUACAUGAGAUUCCAAAUCUCAUGGAACUUUUAUAGAACUUGAGUGAGGGGGACAGAGAACAAUAUUGGUUUAUGUGAAAGUUGAAGAUCUGUAUUGAGUUUAUUGAAGAGGAGCAAUCUGGGAUUAUGUUCUCUAUCCAGAAAUGGAAGUGCUCAUGGUCUUUGGUGCUAACCGUUGCUUCAAUUUUGGCAUUGGCUUCAGUAGUUCAUCUAUUCUUGUUUCCCAGUUUGCCAUCAUUUGAGUACUUCAGUGCUAGGCAAGUUCAAAAUGCCUGUGUCUCAAUAAAUGGAUCAAUUAAAGGAGGCAAGAAUGAUGUUUUGCAAAAUCCACAGCCUUUUAUUAACUUGGAUGUACGGUUUCCAGCUGACUUGCAUAAGGCAGUGGUUUACCGUGGUGCUCCUUGGAAGGCUGAGAUUGGCAGGUGGUUAUCUGGUUGUAAUUCAGUUGCUAAAGCAGUCAAAGUGUUUGAGAUUAUCGGUGGUAAGAGCUGCAAAAACGAUUGUAGUGGUCAAGGAAUUUGUAAUCGUGAACUAGGCCAAUGUCGCUGCUUUCAUGGAUUCAGCGGGGAAGGGUGCUCUGAAAGAUUGCAACUGGACUGCAAUUUUCCAGGAUCAAAGGAGCAACCAUAUGGGCGUUGGGUCGUUUCAAUAUGUGCUGCUCAUUGUGACACUACAAGGGCAAUGUGUUUCUGCGGCGAAGGUACUAAAUACCCAAACCGUCCUGUUGCUGAGGCAUGCGGGUUUAAAGUGAACUUACCUUCUGAACCUGAAGGUCCUAAAAUGACUGACUGGACAAAACCUGACCUGGAUAAUAUUUUCACAACAAAUAGUAGCAUUCCUGGAUGGUGUAAUGUGAACCCAGCAGAAGCAUAUGCUUCCAAGGUUCGAUACAAAGAGGAAUGCGAUUGCAAAUAUGAUUGUUUGUGGGGGCUAUUUUGUGAGGUGCCUGUGCUGUGCACUUGUAUUAAUCAAUGCUCUGGCCAUGGACAUUGCCGUGGUGGAUUUUGUCAGUGUGACAAUGGCUGGUAUGGAAUAGAUUGCAGCAUACCAUCUGUUUUAUCAGUUAUAAGGGAUUGGCCUCAAUGGCUUCGACCAGCUCAGGUUGAUGUUCCUGACAGUCCGCAACACGUUGGGAAUCUUCUCAAUCUCAAUGCUGUGGUGGAAAAGAAAAGGCCCCUUAUAUAUGUUUAUGAUUUGCCCCCCGAGUUCAAUAGUCUUUUGCUUGAGGGACGGCAUUUCAAGUUUGAGUGUAUAAACAGAAUAUAUGAUGAGAAUAAUGUUACACUGUGGACAGAUCAGCUGUAUGGUUCACAGAUGGCAUUCUAUGAAAGUAUCCUAGCUAGCUCCCAUCGAACACUAAAUGGCGAAGAAGCAGAUUUUUUCUUUGUUCCUGUUCUUGAUUCAUGCAUUAUAACUCGUGCUGAUGAUGCACCCUACUUGAGCAUGGAGGAACACAAGGGCUUAAGGAGCUCUCUAACUCUGGAAUUUUAUAAGAAGGCAUAUAAUCACAUUGUGGAGCAAUAUCAUUACUGGAACCGCUCGUCAGGAAGAGACCAUAUUUGGUCCUUUUCAUGGGAUGAAGGUGCUUGCUAUGCCCCUAAGGAGAUAUGGAAUAGCAUGAUGUUGGUCCACUGGGGUAAUACAAAUUCAAAGCAUAACCACUCGACUACAGCAUAUUGGGCUGACAACUGGGACCAGAUCUCUUCUGAUAGACGGGGCAACCAUCCAUGCUUUGACCCAGAUAAAGAUCUUGUCCUUCCGGCAUGGAAAAGACCUGAUGUUAAUGCCAUGAACUCAAAACUUUGGGCUAGGCCCCGUGAGAAGCGGAAGACAUUGUUUUACUUCAAUGGAAAUCUAGGACCAGCUUAUGAAAAUGGAAGACCAGAAGCCACGUAUAGUAUGGGUAUCAGGCAGAAAGUGGCAGAAGAGUUUGGAUCAAGUCCUAACAAGGAAGGAAAGCUUGGGACACAGCAUGCCGAAGAUGUGAUUGUGACCCCACUACGUUCUGAUAAUUAUCAUGAGGAUUUGGCAAGUUCUGUUUUUUGUGGGGUCAUGCCUGGAGAUGGGUGGAGUGGUCGAAUGGAAGAUAGUAUUUUGCAAGGCUGCAUUCCCGUGGUCAUUCAGGAUGGGAUUUACCUACCAUAUGAGAACGUGCUCAACUAUGAAAGCUUUUCUGUUCGGAUACGUGAAGAUGAAAUUCCAGAUUUGAUAAAAAUUCUGAGGGGAUUCAAUGAGACAGAAAUAGAGUUCAGAUUGGCGAAUGUACGGAAGAUCUGGCAGCGGUUCUUAUAUCGUGAUUCAUUUUUGCUCGAGGCUGAGCGGCAGAAAACUGCAUCUGGACGGGUGGAUGAUUGGGCUACAAUGUUUUUGCAGCUAGUUGAAGAUGAUGUCGUUGCCACAAUCAUACAGGUUUUACACUACAAGUUGCAUAAUGACCCUUGGAGGCGACAACUUGCUCAUCAUACUAAGGAGUUCGGAUUACCAGGACAAUGCUUGAUAAGAACCGAUUGAAGAGUUGUAACAUCUAACUUGAAGAGAUCACAAAAACUCGGGGGCAUUUUGGUAGGAAGAAGCAAACACUUGAAGAUGCUCAGCCUCGUUGACAAGAGAAUUCAAUUUUAAGCGACCAUUAAACAAUUUUAUAGAAAGCAGCAUCCGAAGAACCGUAGUUUCCAAUGGGAUCUCUAGCCAAUUUUACCAAACAGAAGAAGAGGAAAGUGUCAAUAUUUUGUUUAUUUUUUGCAAUUUGUAUACAUGAUAUGAAUUUUUGUGCUCUUAGAUAUUGUUUAGAAUGGAAAAGAUAAAUUUCACAGAACAAUUUCUUCAUUGGUUGUUUGUUUAUUUGGCAGAUCUCCCAUCUUUACAAAGAAAAUCAAAAUUUAGAAUGUUUGUUCAUACCAUGAUAGUGAAACUUCAUUUUUUUC